AUGCCGGAGUAUACUAUUUUCAGAUGUGAUAGGUCUGACUCCACAAGUAGCAAAUUGAGUGGCGGUGGGGUACUAAUUGCGAUUCGUGACAGUAUUCCAUGCCAACACAUAACGUCUACAGGCAAUGACAUAGAAUGUCUGUUCGUACUGUGUAAACUUGCAUCAAGUUCAGUCCUAGUUGGCAAUGUUUAUAUACCCCCGGGUCAGCCCACUUCCAUGUACUCCGCACUAUGUGAUACCUUUGAUGAGAUCAUGAGCUUAAUCAAGGAUACAGCAUUUAUUGUCGUUAUGGGUGAUUUCAACCUCCCAAACAUGAUCUGGACUGACCCAGAUCCUCAAAGACUAACGUUAUCUUCACGCUACGUCAAGGAAACUUUCUCGUCAUACGAGCUCACUCAGGUCAACAGAGUCCUAAACCAUAGGGGAGUCAGCCUUGACUUGAUUUUCUCAAACAAUGACGAUCUUGAUGUAAGAAACGCUGAGGAUGUAUUGCUGCCAGAAGAUAUGCAUCAUCCAGCUUUGUCUUUCUCUCUCAGCGCCUCAAACUCUUCACCCUCGACAGGUCCUAGAUACUUCCAUGACUUCCGUCGCUGUAAUGUUGAAGCUGUCUUUGACAGUCUACUUCGUCUCAACUAUCCUAUUCUGUCAGAUCAACUCAACAUAGAGAAUGAUUUUAACAACUUCUGUACAUACAUUGGAUCCACCAUCAAGUCCCACUCACCCAUAAAAAAAUCCGCUGGCUCAAAAUUUCCACAUUGGUUCUCCAAUAACCUCAGAAGACUAAUCAUAGCCAAGAAGGCUCUACAGAAAAAAUAUAAAUCAUCACUUUCCCAUCAAGAUUAUUUGAACUUCCAAAAUAUAAGAAGAGUCUGCAAGUUACAAACACUUCAAUGUCACUCCGUCUAUCUCUGUAAAAUCGAGUACAGUAUCCCCUCAAACAUGAAGUCUUUCUGGUCAUAUGUAAAAUGCCAAAAAAGCUCAUCUUCGCUCCCAUCUUCUAUGUUCCUUGACUCAGAAGAAGCCGCAGACCCCGAAGGCAAAUGCAACCUUUUCGCUGAAUAUUUUUCUUCAGUCUUCAGAGUGACUGACGUUCCACAGCCAACUUUUGACUUUGGUCUGAAUCUAUCAAUAAGCAGCUGUAAAUUUCAAGCUUUGGAUGUGCAGAGAAAGUUGGAAGCAUUGGACCCGAACAAAGGAGCCGGCCCAGACGACAUCCCGCCUGCUGUACUGAAGUAA